AUGGAGGUGGUAGCAAACAAGGUUACUGCUAAUAAAAUAACAAUUGAGAUAUUAAUACGCAUUUGUUAAAAAAAAGGCCUUUUAUUGAAAUAAAAAUCAAAAAGACACAAUCGAUUCGAUAUUCUAAAAUUCUUUUAUAAAAUCAAUUUUAUGCCUUUUAAAAGAAUUCAAAUUUUAGUUUGUCAAAUCCAAUUAUCAGUUAAAAUAUUAUUAGGACAAUUACGUGGGUCAGGUAAGCUGAUGCAUUAUUAUUUUGUUAUCAAACACUAAGAAAAUUAUAGUUUUAGAGGGUGA